AUGGAUGGGUGGGUGAGCCUGCUCUCCUUCACUGCAACAUCCUCAACAUUCGCUCUAUUCUUGUGCGGACUUCAGAUUUGUCAGCGCAUCAAAUUACGAGGCCACACUGAUGGCACGUCGGUAGCACCGUUCUUGUUGACAGCCAUCUCAUGUAUCGUUUGGACUGGCUAUGGAGAAGUUCGACAGGAUUCGACCGUUAUCAUGGUCAAUGGAGUUGGACUGGUGGUACAGAGUGUAUACUUGGCGUAUUAUUAUCAUAAAACGAGGUUAAGGGUAAGUUUUUGAAGAGGAUUCUGAUUUUUAGGUAACAAAUAGCUUAUUCUUUGAUUUUUUAAACUUUCUGCCGUUAGAAAACUGAUUGUUUAGAUAUAAGUUAAAGUUUAACACCAGUGUUUUGCCCGGACCGGUCCGGAGCGUUUUUCACCGGUCCGGUCCGGCGAUUUUUUGGGUCCGGUCCGGUCCAAACUUCAAAUUUUUGGGUUCGGUCCGGACCGGUCCAAACCCAAAAUUCUUGGGUCCGGUCCGGUCCGCAAAAAAAAUUUUUUGAUUUUUAAAAAAGCAAGGAGCGCUAAAACUGCUUUCUUUUUGCUUAAAAACUCCUAAAAAUAUGUUUUAUUUGCAAUUUUUAAAACAGUUUUCUUAAAAUAAAAAAAAAUUUUUCUUCCGGACCGGUCCGGAGCUUUUUCUUCGGUCCGGGUCCGCAGGUUUUUGGGUCCGGUCCUGUCCGCAAAAAUUUCUGUUUCGGUCCGGCAAAACACUGUUUAACACAAUUUGAUGAGUUUCUUUUCAGACAAGACUUAACAGAUUGUUAAUAUUGGAGUUGAUAAUUGCCGUUUUAACGUAUUAUUGGUUGUAUUCGGAUAUUACACAUGAAACCAAGGAAAACUUUUUGGGAAUUAUAUGCAUGAUGCUUAACAUAGCUACGAUUGGAGCUCCAUUAUUAGAUGUCGUAAGUUUUUAUUUCUUUUUUCUUGCUUUUAGGUAAUAAUCUGCACUAUAUUCAAGAAUAAUAUGCAAUUAUUCACAAUGUUAAUAUGUUAAACUUUUUCAGGGGCAAGUAAUACGGAACAAAAGUACGGAAAGUCUGCCAUUUAUGUUGUGCUUAGGCAACAUGAUUGUGUCCAUUCAAUGGUUAGCGUACGGUAUUUUGACUGAUGACUUUUACAUGAAGGUAAGGCUUUUACAGUUCACAAUAUGUUAUGAAUUUUGGCUAAAAUUUAUUGAAAAACCUUUUUAUACUAAAAUAGAGUAACUAAACAAACUUAUUGUAGGUGCCCAACUCCGUAGCUGUUGUGAUAGCCGCUGUGCAGCUGAGUCUCUUUGUAAUAUAUCCUUCGAAUCAUCGCGUGGUGUCUCAGAAGUCCGAAGAAGAUCGGAUGCAUUUGAUUUGA